ACCCUUUCUCGAUACCCGACAUGACAAUCGUCCGAUGAGCCCAAAUGCCGUCGCAAGUUUCAGAUGCGCAGCUAGGUGAUGCGCUGCUCCAAACAGUCGCAUACAAGAGGCCUCCCCAGGACGAAGAUGUGGCCUCCGCUGCAGUACCCUCCAGCGCCCUCCCCAAGCUACUAGAGGUGGUCCAUAAGGCGCGAGAAGAUACAAAAGACGAAGUGCGCAGGCUCUCGCGAGAAGCCGCACCCGACGUCGAUGGCUGGAUCGCCCAAGCGCGUAAGCUGCAGGACGACAUCAAACGCUCGCAAGAUACCGCAAAGGAGAUUGUACAGCAAGCCAAGGCAGGCGCGGAAGUUACGGCACGUGUCCAGGAUGCCGCAAGCAAGGUCAGCCUGCUGCAUUCCGAGAUUGCCUACAAUGAGAGUUUGUCACAAGCUGUGGAGCAGCUGAGAGACAUCUCAACCUUGCUGGACUCUGCUCAGAAUGCCGCUGUGAACGGUCAUGUCAUACAUGCCAUAAAUACCUUGGAAGACGCAGAUGGCGCCUUCAAGAGACUCGGACCUUUUACAACCACCAGGGUUGUGGGUGUGCUGAAGAACAAAGAGGAGACGCUGAAGAAGGCAAUUGUAGAGACUGUGACAGAUUCAUGGAAUGGACUGGUCUCGGUCGACAACACUAACCACAAAAUCUCGCUGCAUCAAUCCAUCCAACGGGAAGCUACAAUCGAUAUCAAUACAACCGUUGAAGCCCUUACGAAGCUAGACCUCCUUGACAACUUUGUCAACCGCCUGAGCCGCGAUCUCGACAGAAUCAUAAUUUCCCCCCGCCUUUCCAUGGGCGCCGACCGGGUUAUGUUUGCUUUCGAUAUUCAAGGGGAUGACAUCAAACGUGCUGGUUCGGUGAGCCAGGCUAGUAUAGAGUCUACACUGAAAGACAUUGAUUUAAUCGCGGAGUAUCUGAGUACGCGACUACCGCCUAGUAUUGCCGUCCCGCUCUCGUCCAAAGUCGUCCCGAUCAUCGCGUCUCGCCUGGUAUCGAAUCAGCUUUUGCCUGCCGUACCGCUUUCAACAAAGGACAUACCACAGUUCCAGGAAUCGCUUUCAUAUGUCCUGGGGCUUGUCGAAUCUCUUGACGAGCUUGGCUGGUCUGGCCAGCAUCGCCUCUCAGAAUGGGUCGAUAAAUCUGCCGAAAUAUGGUUAGCUAAACAGAAAGAAGCCGCGAUUUCCAGAGUGCAAACACUGUUCCUAAAGAAGGUUCUGGAGAAGAAGACUGUGGAGAGAGUCGAGACGCAGGUCAUCUCGAAGGGUGACGCACUUCAUGCUGGUGGCGAUCAGGAGGACGAUUGGGGUGCUGACUGGGAUGAAGAAGCCGAGACACCCAAGGAGGAGAAAGAGAGUAUUGAGGAAGAAGACAUGAGCGCAUGGGGUGAAGAGGUUGAAGUGACGAUUGAAGAACCGAACGUGGAGGAUGUUAAGGAAAAGCCAGUCGACACAGAGGAUGGGGACGACUGGGGUGCCGACUGGGACGAUGAAGCUGAUACCAAAGCGGUCGAGAGUCCGAGUUCCCCACAGAAAUCAGCACCGCAAAUGUCUUCAAAGGAAAAGUCGGUCGCUACAAAACCGUCGGCCGACCAAGAGGUUACACUGCGCGAAACAUACACAGUCACCGCCAUCCCAGAUGCGAUCAUGGAAAUCAUUCUACAAGUUAUCGCAGACGUCGAGGCUUUAAACUCGCCGGGCCUCGUCAAGUCAGCAAUUUCACCCGCAAGUGGAGGCCUCUAUGUCAUUCCCAGCCUUCUGCUUGCCAUGUACCGAGCGACCGCUGUUAUGCAUUAUUCCAAGGACAUUGCGAGUAAUAUGCUCAUCUACAACGACUGCCAGCGACUUUCAGAUCGAUUACGACUCUUUCUACAAGAACAGAGUGAUAAGGACAAAAACUCUACCUUGCUGCAACAUCUACAACCUUCAAAGCGUCUAAAGCCGCUGCUCGAGGCUGACAUCAAGUCUAUCGAUGGAUUUGGCAAACGCGCCUACGGACGGGAGAUGGAAUCGCAACGGCAGAUCAUAAGGGACCAUCUAGAAGAUGCACAAGGGUUUCAAGACUGUACCAAUGUUCCUUUUGCUACGGUAUGCGACGACGCCAUUGCCACAACAAUUGACAGGAUAGGCGAUGUGAAGCGACAGUGGCAAAAGGUUCUUUCCCACAGUGCCUUGCUCCAGUCGCUUGGCUCGCUAGUUUCGGCCGCUCUUAUGAAAUUUAUCAACGACGUAGAGGAUAAGGCGGACAUCGCAGAAGAUGAAUCCCGGAAACUACACGGGUAUUGCGUUUCGCUCGCUACACUAGCCCAACACUUCCAAACCGAAGAUGGUAAUGGAGAAGUAAGAGAUAUGGCCGGUAUAUAUACGCCCAACUGGUUCAAAUUCCAGUAUCUUAGCGAGAUUCUGGAUAGUAGUCUCGCAGAUAUCAAGUACUUCUGGACUGAUGGUGAGCUGAAGUUGGAGAUGGAAGCGGAGGAAGUGAUCGGUCUGAUAGAGGCUCUGUUUGCGCCCAGCGAGCACCGGAGGAAAGCUAUCGCUCAGAUUAGGAGCACAAGUAUGCAGUGAACAAUGGUAGGAAUAUUAAGCAGCAGCUGAACUACAAGCUGCCCUUGGGCCGCC